GACUCGGCCGCUACUGUGGUGUGAGGCGCGUGUUCUGGCUCUCGCCGUCACCGCACCCGCACCGCGGCUACUGUCUUGCGGUCUGCCGUUCGACAGCCAGCCCUCGGGCCCCCGCCCGCCAAGGACAUGCCGCGCGUCUACAUAGGACGCCUGAGCUACAAUGUCCGAGAGAAGGACAUUCAGCGCUUUUUCAGUGGCUACGGCCGCCUCCUCGAAGUAGACCUCAAAAAUGGGUACGGCUUCGUGGAGUUCGAGGACUCCCGCGACGCCGACGACGCCGUUUACGAGCUGAACGGCAAGGAGCUCUGCGGCGAGCGUGUGAUCGUGGAGCACGCCCGGGGGCCGCGCCGUGAUCGCGACGGCUACAGCUACGGAAGCCGCAGUGGUGGAGGUGGAUACAGCAGUCGGAGAACUUCUGGCAGAGACAAAUAUGGACCACCUGUUCGUACAGAAUACAGGCUUAUUGUAGAAAAUCUUUCUAGUCGUUGCAGUUGGCAGGAUUUAAAGGAUUUUAUGCGACAAGCAGGUGAAGUGACCUAUGCGGAUGCUCACAAGGAACGCACAAAUGAGGGUGUAAUUGAGUUUCGCUCCUACUCUGACAUGAAGCGUGCUUUGGAUAAACUGGAUGGUACAGAAAUAAAUGGCAGAAAUAUUAGGCUUAUUGAAGAUAAGCCACGAGCUAGCCAUAGGCGAUCUUAUUCUGGAAGCCGUUCUAGGUCACGAUCCAGAAGAAGGUCACGAAGUAGGAGUCGCAGGAGCAGCCGCAGUAGAUCUCGAAGUAUCUCAAAAAGUCGCUCCCGAUCCAGGUCACGGAGCAAAGGUCGAUCACGUUCUCGGUCAAAAGGCAGGAAAUCUAGGUCGAAGAGCAAAUCCAAGCCCAAGUCUGAUCGGGGCUCCCGUUCACAUUCUCGAAGUAGAUCUAAGGAUGAGUAUGAGAAAUCUCGAAGCAGGUCUCGAUCUCGUUCCCCAAAAGAAAAUGGAAAAGGUGAUAUAAAGUCGAAAUCCAGAUCAAGGAGCCAGUCUCAUUCCAAUUCACCCCUACCUGUUCCACCUUCAAAAGCUCGUUCUGUGUCCCCUCCACCAAAAAAAGAAAAAGCUGCUUCAAGAUCCCAUUCUAGAUCUCACUCAAAGUCAAGAUCAAGGUCCAGAUCGAGUUCCAGAGAUUAACCCAAAACUCUGUGUUCUUUGCACACUAUUAUGGAACACUUUCCUACUUGCUUAGGCAGUUAUUCUUCCAUGUUUAUACUUGGCCUCUUCUGCAAGAGGAAUCUCUUGAAAACGGGGGCACACACAAAUUUGAUUUAUGGCCAAAUUUGAUGAAAAAGAUGAGGUUCUAAGGAAAUGGUGGCAAGAAGUCAAAGACCCUCUCCCUUCUUUGUAGAAUUAAGAUAACUUUGAUUUUAUAGCUUUUGAGCUAAAAUAACUUUUGUAAAGAUUAAGCUCACUUAGAUUUUUUUUUUUUUUUUUUUUUAAGUAUUUCAGCAGGAUCUGCUGUAGGGUUCUUUGUUUUGUUUGCUUAUUUUUAAAUUAACCGUUUCAAGCUUUGAAUACUUAAGGCUUUAGAGGGAGAACCCAAUUUUCAAUUAUGUUGGCUUUUUAUAAAGCUUGAGUUAUGUAAGAUUUAAAUAAGUUUGCUACCAAGAUGAUUGCCUUAUUGAAUAGGUCACUAUUAAAUUCCUACAAAUGUUGAUAACUGCUAUUUGUGGAAGUGAUGUAAAUUCUACCUAAGUGUAAAACAAGGCAAGCCUCAGACCAGCAAUAAAUUAUUCAGUUUGUAUAACACAUUUUGUCCUGUUAAUCAAAUUUGCCAAAGUCUUUAUCUGCCCCCUUAACAAGUUGGGUUAAAAAUAAAAGAUAUUUUGUAGUCAGUCUGUUACACAGUUUUACCUAAAUAAUAAAACUUUUUUUAAACAUAAAUUUGAUUGAACUCUUCAAGAAAUAGCUCCUAAUAGUUCGGAUCUCCUUUAGCUAGUAAUCUCGCUUUCUGGAAGUUAGGUGUAAUUAGUGCUGUUUGACAUUAGAGUAUGGUUUAAUGAUCUUUAAUGUUAUGUAAAAGUAGAAAUAGCCUUUCUUUGAUCAAAAAUUUAGUGUAUUCAUAAUAGGAAAGCACGUAUCGUGUUCUCUGCUGAAAGAUCCAUCAUAAUUGACAGACACUUAGCAGAUCACUUGGUAAAGUCAGUUUAAAGUAAAAUUCCAGCCACCAGUUGCCCCUUUGUAGUUAGUGAGUUUAUAUGGUAAUGGGUUAGAACAUCCUUACAAAUUUUAUACUUUGUGUCGUUGGUUUGAAAAACAAUUAAAUGGGUAAAUCUAACUUUUUGUACUUUAUUAUGAAUGAUACGAUAAUACUGUGGAAACCAAAUUAUAAUGCAAAUUUGUAGUAACUGGGUUAGCAAAUAGUCCAUACAUCCAUAACCCUAAUUAGUUGAAAUUGCAAUUAGAAUGGAUUACCUUAUACCUUAUUCACAUACUUUUAAGUAAUUACAUUUGAAAUUGUUUAUUAACCUUAGUCUGAAAUGAAGAUGUAGGUUUAUUGGCUCAGAUUUAAUACCUUACUAGGAGCUGUCACUACGUAAGAUAAUAAGGGUUGGAUUGUGAUAGGGCAUCGUGGUACACAGCUCGUUGUGCCACAGGUGUGACUAGGACACAUGACAGUCUAUGGUUGGUUUGUAGGUUUAAAUAAUCCAGAAAACAAACCCAGUAAAUGAAGCUGAGUGAAAAAAUGAGUCAAAGAUCAAGGUGUCAGAGGAACUGGGAGUACCAUACUUGGUAAUGUGCAAAAGGCCUUGUUUUUGAGAAGUUCCUGGGCUGACUGUUAAAAAAAAUCUUAAAGCCUAACCUUAGGAAUGUAGUGCCCCAAAAUGUUGGUGGUGCUUUCAUUAUUUUAUUUUCUUUGAUACUUUUUUGUUUAUAAGUAAUGAGUUUAUCUUUUAAAUAUAAACAAAAAAACUUAAAGAAAUUGUGUGUAAUUAUACUUUAUUUUGCCUAUUCAAAGAACAGAAGUGAUGACUCUUAAGAAUUGGUUUUAACCAAAGUUCUCUUGUUUUCAGGGAAAGAACAAAAGUUUUGAACCACAGCCUUUUAAAAGGAAGGAGGGGGAUAUUACAGUGUAAAUGUUGGCUUUCUAAAAGUGCAACAUCCAUCAGCUGGGCUCUCAAUGUGACAUCACAUGGUCAGAGGCAAGAAUAGCAAAAAAAGUCUAGUCCUGUUUCAUAUUUGUAGACCUAAGCCAUUGGAUGCACUAAGCCAGUAUAUAACAUUGGCCCACUUGAGAACAUAGUUGACUGAUAAAAUGUUCAGUUUGCUAACUUGUGAGUAGGAUCAGAGUUAAUACAUGUCACACAUCAGUGGCUAGAUGGAGUAUUAAACUGAUGCAGAGCAAGAGAAAUGUGAGGAACAUCUUAAUUCCCCUUUCUUUUAACUUGGUAGUGUUCAUUGACAUGCCGUAGUGCCUUUAUGGCUAGUUCGAGUACUACUUACUUUGACUUAAACAUUCCCAUUCCUCUGUUAACACCUUUCAUCUUGGUAUUUUUUUCUCCCACUUUGUUAACCUAUUUAUGCUUUAUCUCAAUAAAAUGUUUACU